AUGCGUCUUACGGAGAGCGCAAACGCGACACAGCGUCCAGACGGCCAUACGCAACGGUAUGACCGACAGUUGCGGAUCUGGAACAAGACGGGACAGGUAUGUCUGGAGCAGGCACGCGUGCUUGUCGUUGGCGCCUCGUCUCUCUCGGCGCAAAUUCUCAAAAACCUUGUGCUACCAGGUCUCGGAGGUUUCACCGUGCUGGACGAUGCACUUGUGACGCUGGAAGAUGCAGGCUCGAAUUUUUUUCUGGAGCCUCAUACAAGUGUCGGGAAACCGUAUGCGGACGAAAUGGCGCGCCUUCUUGCCGAGAUGAAUCCGAGCGUUGAACAUGCGGCGUGCGUUGUAUCACCGGCUGCGAUGCUUACGUGCGAUCCAUCUUAUUUUACCAAGUUUUCACUCAUCAUACUUGUGCGACAGCCUUGGGAUGUGCAAGAGCGUGUCGAUCGGUUGGUGUGGGAGCAUAGUCCAGCGAUUCCUGUGCUCAGUGCCGACAAUGUAGGCUUUCAAGGCAUCUUUCGGACCAGCGUGCGCGAGCUUGGGAUAAUAGAAACACACCCCGAAUCACUCGUGGAUCUUAGGCUUACGCGGCCAUUUCCAGCGCUCGAGGCGUAUGCGGACUCGUUUGACGUUCAUCCUAGCAGUUCCCUCGACAUGGGCCAUAUUCCCUACGUUGUCUUGCUUCUCCGUGCGCUUAAGGAGUGGAAAGAGACGCAUGGAGAGCUGCCUUGGUCGGCUACGCGUGCUGAUUUUCUUGCGUUUUUACAGCGCCGGUGCCCUAGGCACGGCGAUUUGGAGAAUUACGAUGAAGCGCACGCGGCACUGGCGCAGCAUGUAUGGCGACCAUUGCAAUCUCCUGCGAUUCCACCGUCCGUCGAGGGCAUUCUGAACGAUAUACAAUCGCUCAAUGUCAACCAAAAAUCGUCUAUUUUCUGGUUGCUGGUCGCGGCGCUGCGCGCGUUUGUCGCCGAGGAGCACGUCUUGCCGCUCCCUGGAGCACUUCCCGAUAUGAAAGCGACGAGCAACACGUAUGUUGCACUUCAGCAGGUGUAUGUGACCAAAGCACGCCAGGAUCUAGACAAAUUUACCGCGCACCUCGAUCGCAUCUUGGAUCGCUUGAUGUUGUCACGCGACGCGCUGGGACUGGAUGCAUCGCAAACACGCACAUUUGUGAAGCACGCUGCGCAUUUGAAACUUGUGCGUGGACGCUGCCUUUCGCAGCAGCGCACAGAUCCAGAUGUCGGUGCAUUUGCAGCCGCAUUUGCGGACCCAGUGAAUCCGAUCACGGUCCAGUUUUUGAUCGCUUUUUUUGCAUCGGACACGUUCCUUGCCAAGUAUGGCCGGUUUCCGGGAGAGGAAAACGCAUUUGAGCAAGACGCAGAUGCGCUUUUCAAUUGUGCAAAGGCAUACCUUGAUGAAGUACACUUUUCACUUAGUCUACCAGACGAGGCGCGAUUGCAAACGGCGUGUGAAGAGCUGGCGAGGAGUGCUCAUUCUGAUAUUGCGACUACGGCUGCUUUCCUCGGUGGUAUCGUCGCGCAAGAAGCGAUCAAAAUUCUCACUAUUCAAUACCUUCCACUAGACAACGCGUUGGUUUACGAUGGGAUCGUCGAAGGUGUUGGUAGUAUUCGGCUAUAA